CUGACAGCGGCUGCCAUGGCAGAAGCUAUGAAGUUACAGAAAAUGAAGCUUAUGGCAAUGAAUAGCCUUCAUGGAAGUGGUAGUCAAAACGGAACAGAAUCGGAAAAUGAAGAGCUCAAUUCUAAUGCAGGUGGGAGUGAAUCCUCCUGGGAUAAAGACAAGCUUCAGUCUCCCAUCACAACGGGAUCCCAGCACAGCAUUGGUCACCCCACACUGUCAGGGCAGUCGAGCCUUGGAAGCGCGCACCCGCUCAGCCCUCUCCAGCAGAAUCACCUGCUCACCAACAGGAUAGACCUGCCGUUCAUGAUGAUGCCCCACCCUCUGCUUCCCGUCAGCCUACCUCCCGCUUCGGUUGCAAUGGCAAUGAAUCAGAUGAACCACCUCAACACAAUAGCCAACAUGGCUGCAGCAGCCCAAAUGCACAGCCCUCUUUCCAGGGCAGGGGCCUCUGUUAUAAAGGAAAGGAUUCAAGACAGCCCUUCUCCAGCUCCGUCCCUAGAAGACAGUCAGCGGCCUGGGAGCCACGCUUCCUCCCAUCAGAGCAGCAGCGUGUCCAGCUCGCCGUCCCAGUUGGACAACACACCAGACAGAAUUGCUAUGCUGACCAACAGCAGGGAAGGAGAACUCAUUGAUCAAGAGACUGGGACCAGCCUAAAAAAAAUACAGAAGGAGAAAGAAGAGGUCCAAAUUGCCAUUCCAAUAAUGAAACCAACCUUAGAUAAAGUCCAACUGGCUGGACAGGCCUUGCCUCCUGGAUUUCCGGCGCCAUUUCUUUUCGCUGAUGGUCUUUCAUCAGUAGAAACACUAUUAACCAACAUUCAGGGCCUACUGAAAGUGGCUGUGGACAACGCGAGAGUCCAGGAAAAGCAGAUACAGCAGGAAAAGAAAGAGUUAAAGAUGGAGCUUUGUAGAGAGAGAGAACUAAGAGAGAGCUUGGAAAGGCAACUCACAGCUGAGCUGCAAAGCAGAGCAACAAUUCAGAAACGCUUGAAGAAAGAAAAAAAGGCAAAAAGAAAAUUGCAGGAAGCUUUGGAAUUUGAAUCAAAGAGAAGAGAACAAGUGGAACAGGCGCUUAAGCAGGCGACAUCAGGUGACGGUCUCAGGAUGUUAAAUGAUGCUGGAAUCCCAGAUAUGGAAAUAGAACACAACGGAACCCAACACGACAGUGCAGCAAUGCAAGAAAACAGAACAUACAUCAAACCUACUAUUAUGUACUGA